AUGCAUCAAUUCUCGCCCGCCCUUCCAUACAGAAUCCACCGAGAGCACUCGAACUCUGGCGUCUCGACGUCUCUAGCCUGCACGCCUAUGCUGCCUUCGCUGUCUGGCGACCUGGGCUGCGGCUCUCCCGCUGGGUCUGUCGCUUCCGGCAGCCCUCUGCUCGGCAUCGGCUUCAGCGGCAGCGGCAGUUCGCACUCGAUCAGUGCCAGUGGAGUGCUCAAAGGCCAUAGUCCUGCCAGUCGCGAGCAGAGCACCUUCGGGCAGGGCUCACUCGGAGACGCUUCGUCUGGCAUGUCGGGUUGUGCCAGCGCCACUGCUCCCGAUUGCCUCGACACUCCUCACGUCUGGCCAGGCCUGCAGGUGCAGCGACUUCUGAUCGGCUUGAUGCUGGUGGCUCUGGAUACAGCUCGGCGCUGUCCUGGCCCUCGAUUCAACCAGGCCUUGGACGAAUAUCUGAGCAUGCGUCGGCUCAAGGAACUGGUGAUAGUGAGUCCGAUCAGUAGGCAAUGUUUUUCCCUAUUUCACGCACUAUUUGUGAUGUCAACGUCAGGAGGGCCUGCACGAUUGUGCUGGCUUUUUUCAUUCGGAAUAUGCCUUAAGCAGCAUGUGGCCUCGAGCUAA